CAUCUUGGCGAGGCUAGUCGGAAACCAACUGCCGAGCAGUGAGGGACGGUGAACGAGACAAGACCCGAUGUGCUAGCCGAAGGAAUUUUUGCGCUUCCGAGCCGAAUUGCCGCUGCGUGCGAGAGAGGCUGAGUGAUAGCGACAACGAAUACACCACGGGGUUUCGAGUACAUAUUCGAAAGCCUAUUUAAGACGGAUAACCACACGUUAUCGGAGAGCCUGACUAUUUCGAGGUCAGCUUUUCUUGUCGGCAAGUUUGUUGGAGCGGUUUGGCGAGCAAGAGAGGGAAGGAGAAAAAGAGAUACAGAGAGCUAAGGCGAAAGAAGAAUAUAUAAGGCGAGAUAUAGUUGUGAGAGUCGUCGGGAUCCAAAGGGUUGAUUAUAGAGAGAGAGAGAGAGAGAGAGAGAAAGUGGUUUUGACCCUGCUGAUAUCGGAUAAAAUCGUCGAUACGUCGGCAGCUGUAUAAGAGGGGUAAAUAUUAAAAAAAAAAACCUGAGAGAAGGAGAAGAAAAAGAAGUGCAGUGCCAAGUCUGUGAUAGUAUUUAUUCAAAAAACGAAAAUAAUUAAGAAAAAAAAAAAGAUUUAAAUAAAACUAGAUGAUUGUUUGUUUAAAGGAGAGUUAAAAAGUAAUAAUAAUAAUAAUUAUCAAAACCACAACAACAACAACAACAACAAAUUUAAACAAACAAACAAAUAUUUAGUCGAAACCACGCGAAGAAUAGAUAGGAUUUAUAUUUAUUUAUAUCUGUGAUACCCUAACUGAUAUAUAUUAUAACCUACUUGUUGAAGAGGUGUGUAAAAAAAGAAAAAUAAAUAAAAAAAAACGGGAUAAUAAUCGUACCAACGGAAGGAGAUCGAGAGACGAAAAAUAAAAACGAAUCACCAGCAUAAGCAGGUAUCCACAGAAAAAAAGGGGUAUAUACAUCAAAGGUAUUUAAAAAAAGUGAAGGAAAACAAUAAAAGUUCUACCACCACUUCUACCGAUCUGACGUACAAAGAAUUAGACGGUGUUUACAACACUUGUAUUUAAUCGUCAGACCAACGCAGAACCGAGACCCGAAGAAUAUAAAUAUCAGUAAUACCUGGUUGAUGUAAACGGUUUUAAUUUUCGCUGAUUUUCCGUUCCACCUUUCUCGCUCGGAGAAAUAAAAAAAAAAACACAAACAAACAAAGCAAAAAGAACCGAGCAUAAAAAAAAAAUAUCGCUCUUGUAAAUAUAUCUACGACUGACUAUUAUUUUUUAUAAUUGUAUUAUAAUAUUAUAAUUAUCGAUUGGUAUCGGUGCAAAGAUUUAAACAUUGGAGAAUAAAUAAAAAUUGUAUAUAAACAAUUUAAAAAAAUCGUACUAUUAUCGGCUGCGUUUUCGGCCUUCGGAUCGUUGCGCGUCUGAUAAAGAGUUUAGAAGAGGAAGUCAAAGAAAUUUAGGCUAUCAGGACCACCGGAAGCAAAAGAGAACACUUUUCCAACAUCUCGCCGAACAAGAUGGUCGAGAAAAUAUUGGAGGAACGUGAAGACGGGCGGCAGGAGUCCGGAAGAGGCGAUGGCGGGUGCAGGGAAAUCGCGUCCAACGGAGAAUCCAUGAGCGCUGUACAAGCCCGUCAAGAAGAAGCCAGGCGAAAGAGACGCAGGAAGAAACGUUCCGGUUCGUCUCUUGUCUCAUCUUGUUUCCAAGAACUUUACAAGCUUACGGGUGAAGUUCUUGGGGAAGGAGCGUACGCUUCUGUGCAAACCUGCGCUUCCCUGUAUACCGAUUUGGAAUAUGCGGUUAAAAUCAUUGAUAAAAUUCCGGGACACGCGCGUGCCAGGGUAUUCAAAGAGGUUGAAACCUUCCAUCAUUGUCAGGGACACGCCAACAUCAUACAACUUAUCGAGUUCUUUGAGGAUGACGAGAGGUUCUAUUUGGUGUUUGAGAAAGUAAACGGAGGGCAGUUACUGAACAGAAUUCAAGAGAGAAUUCACUUCACCGAACGUGAGGCGAGCGAAAUUGUCAAAGAGAUAGCCAGCGCCUUGAAUUUCCUCCACAAGAAAGGAAUAGCGCACAGGGAUCUAAAACCUGAAAACAUCUUGUGCGUCCAUCCGGACAAGCUGACGCCCAUAAAAGUUUGCGACUUUGACUUGGGCUCAGGGAUUAAGUUCAACAAUUCGCUGUCAAGCCCAAUUGCAACACCGCAAUUAUUAACGCCUGUCGGUAGUGCUGAAUUCAUGGCACCUGAAGUGGUCGAAGCUUUCAUCGGCGAGGUGAAUUCUUACGAUAAACGCUGUGACUUAUGGAGCCUGGGUGUUAUCAUGUAUAUACUGCUGUGCGGAUACCCUCCGUUUUAUGGAAAUUGCGGCACUGAUUGCGGCUGGGAGAAAGGAGAGAAUUGCCAGUCUUGUCAAGAGCUUUUAUUUACCAGUAUCCAGGAGGGUAGAUACGAAUUUCCUGACAGGGAAUGGCGAUGCAUUUCGGAGGAUGCAAAGGACUUGAUCAGAGGAUUGUUGGUCAAGGAAGCUCACCAAAGACUCAGCGCCGAGAGUGUGUUGAAACACCGUUGGAUUAAUCCUGGACCAACAGGCGAGGAAGGGGGUGACAGGUCGCUGACCACUCCACAAAUUAUUAGAAGGAAUAAUUCAGCUCGUGAAUUGUCGGCAUUCGCGGAAUCUGCUAUGGCUGUUAACAGAGUUGUUCUACAACACUUCUCAGUUAAUUUGGAAGAAUUGGCUGAGAAUAGAGAGCCGAGAUUAUCUACGUCGUCGACCGAUGAGGACAAUCAUCCGUACGGACAUAUGUCGGAUUCCAGCAGCGAAUUGUCAGAGCAUGGAAAAAAUUGCGUCACUCAUUCCUCGAGCGAGUUUGACACACCUCGGGCAAAGUCGUGUUCCGUUCACUCGAGCAUUGACUUGAGCGAUUUGAAGAUCAUCGGCAGGAAUCGACUCAUUGGUAAGGAGUCUCUCAAUCUGUUCGGGCUUUCACCCCCUAGCGAGAGCAGACUGAUGCAGAGGAGACUCAAGGCGCGUUCAAGUCUACUCGAACGUCGCACCGACUCAAUUGUAGCGUCGCCAAGUGGCUGAUAGGCGAUGUGAUGAUUUCAGAUUUGGAAACUAUGUCAUCUUUUGUCGCAUCUACUCGUAUCAACGAAAAGAGAAGCUGAGAAAUUGUUGAUAUACGCAUUAAACAAUGAGAGGAAAUUUUUUUUUUUUGCUUUGAUUCUUAAGAAAAUUUGAAAUUGUAAUUGAAAAUUUUCUUGUUCUGCGGUUGACGUUAAUACGGCUAUGAUGAUAUUGUAGCCACUCUUCCCCUGACGUGGCGUUACACUUUUUCGGUAAUUUGCUUUUAACAUUUUUUAUUUAUUUUUAUUUUAUUUUAUUUUUUUUUUUUUUUUUUGUCACAGUUUUUGUUAAUAAUAAGAAUACCUAUGAAGUGGAAAAUUAAUUCUAAACUUGAGAGAAAAACAAAAAUAAAAUACGAGAGGAAAAAAGUUGAAAACAUUACCGCCGAGGCUGAAAUUAUCUGAUGCAAACAUUCGACACAAAGUACCCACUGACACGUAUAAAUUUGAUAGUGUUUCCGAUUACUUACGUUUAAAUUCAGACUUUGAUAUCGGUAUAUGGUAGAUCUGUGAAAAAUAUGUACAUGCAUAUUAUUACAUUUUGAAAUUCUCUCACUACUACUACUACUAUUUUACCUCUCUCUCUCUCGCUCUCCCUCACUUUUUCUCUGUCUUGAAUAUAAUUGUGAAAGCCUUUUUACAUUUCGUUAUUUUAUAUGAUAAUUUUUAUUCAAUCAUUAAUGACCGAAUUUUGUAAAUUGUUGCCCGCCCUUUGAGAGCCCGGGGUGCACUGUAAAAGGUUUGCUCAUUAGGAAGGUAGAGGGUAGAUUUUAAGGUUGAAGCAGGGCAGAGUCGCGGUGGGCGAGAAGAGAGAAAAGAGCAAUUUCGUAGGUAUUGUAAGAAGAUUGAUAAAAUUGUAAAAUUAUCAUUGAUUAAUCGUAAAAAGAAGAAAGAAAAAAAGUGUUGAAAUUUGUACCUGUACCUUAAGGCAGAUAAUUGAAACAAAAAACAAAAAAAAAGUAGAUGAGUUUAAAAAUAUAAAAAGUGCAAAUCAGUAGUAAAAGAGAUAAACCUGUUGCGACGUUCGAGUCUCUGUUGAUGAUGAAUUUAAAGAUUUAAGUCUAUUAAUUAUUGUGUAAUUAUAGAAUUUUAACGAAUCAACUACCACCUUUCCAAUGGGUUUGUACAACGCUACUUGAUAUGUAACAUUGUAGUAUAUAUUGUAGUUGAGACAGACACAGGGAGUUAUUUUUGGGGAUCAUUCAUGGGAGUUGGAUCUGUAGUGCAAGUUUCAUUUAACGGUCAACUCAGUCAUGGAAAUAUAUUGGCGUAUUUCUUCGCAAUAUUAUAAAGAAAAAACAAAAUUUUUCAAACGAUUAUUAUUAUUGUUAUUAUUACUAUUAAUACUACUUCUGCUACUACUAUUAGACAUAUUAUUAAUAAUAUUAUUAUAUUCUCAAGUAACAGUAUUGUAGGUUUGUUCAUUCUGGGUAUGCAGGAUGUGCCGUGUUGACUCCAAAUUCGGAACUUUUGAAUUACGUCCGUUGAUCGUGUUUUUUUUUUUUUUUUUUUAUUGGAACACUACCUUGCACUAUUUUUCCAAUUUUCCACCUUUCUUGCGUCUUUUUUUCUGAGAUACGAACCUGUGCAUUUGUUGAGAAAAGAAGUCGCUAAACAUUUUCGUACUAUUGUAUUACGGCGAGAGAAAUUGAAGAGGUAACUCAGGGCAGACUCAAGAGCUGUAUAAACCCUUGUAUUACACUUUCCAUAGGAAAAAAACAAACAACAAAAGAACAAAAAAUAAGUAGAAUAUGAACAAAACAACACUUACACUGGCACAAAAAUAUACUGUACAAAUAUUUUCACGUACUACAACUUUAUUGUAUUAACCGAUGUUACUGGUUAUCGGUUAGGUUGGUCAUGACAAAUUUGCACAGUUAUUUACAAAACAGGGAAAACCUUAGAAAAAAAAUUAUACGUUUAAUACACACUGCGCAGUGUUGGAAAAUUUCUGAGCGAAUCUCUGUGAAAUCAAUUUCCGCCGACGUGACUAAACUUUGAGCAGGUGGACAGUUGCAAUUAAACCAAACAACUGUCUUGUUUUAUAAGUCAUGAAAUGACUGCUCAGGAACUGUCUGACAAAAUAUUCGGAGAAAGACGGGAGAAAAUGAAAAGAAAACACAUUUUGCAAAGAAUAAUAGCGAUUGAACUAAGUUCAUCGCCAGUUGGGAACUAUUCUUUUAUUUCCUCUUUCUCGAGUUUAAACUCUUACGAUAUGUUGUUUAAUAAUCAUUGGGAAUAGUUUCGAGCUCCAAUGUGAAUGAAAACUUGUCAUUUCCUUUCUUUUUCUCCUCCCUUUUUCAAAAUGAAAAUAUUUAAUCGCGUAUAAUUUUACGCGAGAAAUGUUGAACCGCCGUAGAAAAAAAAAGAAAGAAAAAAAAUUUAAUAAUAGCAAUAAUAAUAUUAAUAAUAAUAAAGGCCAUAAUACCGAUUUAACGUUAUUUCUAACGAUUUUUGUAAGCGGUAAAUGGAUGCGAGUGACAUUGAAUGGGAAAGAAAGAAAAAAAAAAAAAAAAAAGAAGAAAGCAGGAAAAAAAAAUAACUACUAGCGUAAGCACUUUCUUGUAUAGUGUUAUUAAGAUGUAAUUUUAAGCCUUCCCCUCGUUUAUACCCAACGUGAUCUUUAAGUUUUACGCAAUGCCAUAAAGAGGGACAAAUUAAUUAUUAACAAUCAUUCAUUCGUUUAUAAACACAUACUUGUUGUACGCAGUCACAUAUUUAUUUACAUCUUUUGGACUUCAAUAUUGUAAUAGGUUUAAUUAGCAAGAAAAUUGACAGUAGAUCAAUUUUUUACGUACUUGUACAUUGCGUUUAUACUUUUGUCGUUAUUACAAUAUACAUCUUACGUAUAUUUUCUAUACCUAUACGUUAUCGUUUCCAGUGUCCAAGAACGUUUCUUACAUCGUCGAUACCUUAUAGGAAGUCAUUUUAUUGCAUCGUAAUCAAUACACUUGUCCCUCGAUAUUGCACAGCGGAAAACGACCCUCAACCUGAAUAUUGCACUUCAGUUUAAUGUACAAGCUGUGUUAAGGAAAAGACAAAAAAAAAAAAAAAAGAAAAAAAAUGAGGUGUGAAAGAGAAGAAAGAAAUGUAUGUUUUUUCUUUGUUCAUGUUGAUAUAUAAAUGUCCAAUCAAGGUAUGUAAUCUGACUAACUGAUCGUGUAAUAUUUGGGCUCGAGGACAAAGAAAAUAAGAAAAUUGCAAAACAGAUGAAGUAAAUAAAUAGAUUUUCAUUACUUUUUUUAAAUAACGCUCUGAGAGAGUUCGAGAAAUAAAUAUGAAAAAAUGAAAAAAAAAAAAAAAUAAUAAAAAAUCAUGAUUCGUUUUUUAAUUGGUUGUACGUUUUUUUUUUCUUGUUUUUGCCAUACUCCUUAAUCACUAAUCUUUCGUCUCGGAAUUAUCGUUACGACUUAGGUCUUACUUUUUUUUUCCUAUUGAAUUCAUUUUUCCACUUCUUCGCUUCACUUCUGUAACCUCACUCAUAUUUUAUUUCAAGCACAUUAUGUAUAUCUCUAAAUUACCCUAUAUCUACGUACAUAUAAUGUACAGUCAGUCCUCGCGAAAAAAUCGUCAAAUAACGAACGAAUGAGUAAUACCUAAUGAUAAUAAUAAUAAUUGAUCGAUGUAAAUGCUAUGUAAAUAAUGAUACUUUAACUCCUUGUACGGUGCAAGAUUUUACGAAACUUAGUUGUCAUAAGUAGGAAUGUAAAAAAUUUAUUCUGAUGCAAUAAGUUCAUAAAAAAAAAUCGUCGAAUAAAUCAUAGCGUCAACUCUCUGCGAUACUAGAUCGUCUGACGAUAAAUUUUUCAGGUUUUUCAAUAUAGUCCUGUGAAAAAUGUCUGUUCCCGAUAUCACUACAACGCAAUUUCAACACACAUUAUAAUAAUGUGUGAAAUAUUUACUCGGGAGCAUUAAGCGACUAAUUGCGUAAAAUCUUGGGUUACCUAAUUAAUUUUACUAACUUCGUAUGAUAUGUUGAAUGGACUACGAGUGUACAUAACAAAGAGCUAUUAGUACACGCCUAUAUGAUAGAUAUAGCGUACCCUAGUUUCCCAAAAAAAAAAAGAGAAAGAAAGAAGAAAAACGAAAAAAAAAAACAAAAAAUACAAAACACAUUUAGAACAAAUUAUUGCAAAAAAUGUUGAAAAAAACGAAAAAAAAACAUUUAAAAGGAAAAAAAAAAGAAAAAAAAAAUGCCAAAAAUAUAAUUUUUUAUUUUUCAUACCCGUAGACAUACGAAUAUAUUUUUGACGCUGGUGAAGAGAUUCUUCGAGAAAUGCAAUCGUCGCAAUAUAAAUAAAUAUACAUGAUAACAUGCAUGUAUGUAUAUGUGCAACGUGUGAAACUUUCGACCACUGCAUUUCUGGGCGAAGGCAUAAUUAGUAUUAGACGAUGUUUUGUACUGGGGCUGCUUUGCUGAAGACCUUUGUUAGCGAACGAGGCCUAAAGGUGGAUCGAAGUUAUGUUCGAGUUGCGUGUAGAAAUUUAUAACAAUGCCAAAUGUCGCGAAAGAGUGAAAAUAAUUUGAAGAAAAAAAAAAAAACACAAAUUUCAUUUUUAAUGUUCAAUUUGUAUCCGCAAAUGGGAUACAUAAAUACACAGAUGAUAUAUCGUCGGAUAUUUUUUUUUUUUUUUUUUAUUCAAGGCUAGAACAUUCUUCACGCAGCUUUUCAUGUGUGUAGUAAAAAAAAUUCGAUUGUGUUUAAAAAGUGCAGAAGAGCAUCAAUACAUAGAGGUAUUUUUCAAGGCGCAAGUUAGCGUAGUGAAACACAAAUGUUGAGACUGGAUUGUGAACGUACAAACUUUAUUGUAAACCUAAUAAUAAUAAAUUCAAGAUUUAUUGAAUUAAAUACCGAAAAUUUGAAUGUUGGUUUUUUUUUUUUUUUUCUCCCGUUUCUUAACAUAGCUCCGAAGCUCUUCGAGUAUAUAUAGCUUUGGCUCUUCGACGAAUAAUUGAUAAAAAUGGUUUGCCCUUCCCCUUCCCCUUCCCUCCCUCUUCCCUCACCUCUUUUCAAAAUCCGAUAAACCUGAAUGACGGAGAAAAAAUGAUUUAAAAAAAAAUGUUAUCUCCGGAAGGAAGGUUUGGUAAAAGAAUUUUUCAUUCACGUGUAAGGCCCUCCACCUCCUGCCCUCGGUUUCUUUCAUGCAUCAUAAAUAAUUACUCAUUUAUGUACCAUGUAUAUGUAUGUACAAUAUAUGUAACGUUUUUAUUUUGUAUAAGAAAAGUAGAAUCGCGCCGGCCCAAGAGAAAAAAAAAAAAAAAAAAGUUGUGUAUAAUAGUCGACGAAAAUUUGCAAAAGGAUGUUAUUAUAAGUCUGGUAAUGAUUAAUUGCCGGGAUGAAAAAUUGAUCCAAGUUAUGGAACGGCGCUUGACGGAGCGAGCAUAUAUUAAUGUGCUGUGCAAAUUUUAUAAUGGAAAGUGAGACGUAUCUUUGAUGCCCGUUAUAAUAAAGCUAUCUUGCACCGUCUCAUCGCUUGGUUCAGAUUAAACAGUAAUGUGUAAUUAUACCGGUGUGACAGGGCGACUUUUUUCAUGAAAAUAUUGAAAUUAAAAAACGGUAGCGCCGUUUAAGUUGCAAAUAUUGUCGGGCCCUUGAAAAUUAGAAAAGAAAAAAAAAAAAAAACAGAAAAUUAACAAUCUCAUGUACAUAAGACGAAUCAUUAUAACCGCAAAUAAGAAAUGUAAUAAAUCUACGAUAAUAAUGAUACUAUUAAUAUGAAUAUUUUUAAUUCGUUGCGCUUUGAUUUAUAGAUUUAUCUUUAUUUGCGAGUUUAUAUGUAGAGUUUCCACUUUAAUAACACGAGCAGAAUAUUGCGUAUGUCUAACAUCAAGUUUUAUCAUGAAACAAUUUGUAAUCGAUUUUAAAAUCGAAUAUAUCCACUAGAAUUGAAUCGGAAACAUUUUUCAACAAGAACGAGAAAAAACUUUCUGUAUCGCUUGUUUCGCGUUACUUUUGCUGCGAGAACUCAAGUCUCGCAAUAAUUUUCAUACUUGUGAUUUCGUCGCAACAAAAGAUCGCAAUUUCUGCACAUAAAUGAGCGUGAAAUAAAAUUAUCAUUAUUUCAUCCAACAAUGUAAUUGUUGAACGUACAUCGGAAACUUGCUAUAGUAUUGUAACUAUAGGGAAACGCCUUAUGUCAAAAAAAAAAAAAAUCGGCGAAUUACAUAUGUAUCGUAUAUGUAUGUAUACUUAGUCUACACUUCAGAUCUAAAACGUUAUACAUUUCAGAGUACAUGUACAUAUACAUGUCAAAGGUUUACUAAGUGCAAGAACAUAAAAAAAUCGAUGAAAAUAGGCGGGGAUAACGAAAUGAAAAGAAAAAAAAAAAGCAAAAAAAUU